AUGUCACGAAGUGCGAUCUACGGAAACGCUCAGAUAUCCGUCCUGGUGUGGGCAGUGCCGCGCGUCGAGUGGCCCGCCGGCCAACAAUACAGCCAGUUACUACCGACAGAGAUUUUACUGCAGUACCGACAGAGAUCCCACUGCAGUACCGACAGAGAGCCUACUGCAGUACCGACAGAGAGCCUACUGCUGUACCGACAGAGAGCCUACUGCAGUACCAACAGAGAUCCUACUGCAGUACCGACAGAGAUUCUACUGCAGUACCGACAGAGAUCCCACUGCAGUACCAACAGAGAUUCUACUGCAGUACCAACAGAGAUCCUACUGCAGUACCGACAGAGAUUCUACUGCAGUACCGACAGAGAUUCUACUGCAGUACAGACAGAGAUCCUCCUACUGCAGUACCGACAGAGAUUCUACUGCAGUACCGACAGAGAGCUUACUGCAGUACCGACAGAGAUCCCACUGCAGUACCGACAGAGAUCCUCCUACUGCAGUACCGACAGAGAGCCUACUGCAGUACCGACAGAGUUCCCACUGAGCCCUACGGAAGUGAUACAGGUCCCAACCUUACGGGGAUGUAACAAAUCAAGCCCUACGGAAGUGAUACAGGUCCCAACCUUACGGGGAUGUAACAAAUCAAGCCCUACGGAAGUGAUACAGGUCCCAACCUUACGGGGAUGUAACAAAUCAAGCCCUACGGAAGUGAUACAGGUCCCAACCUUACGGGGAUGUAACAAAUCAAGCCCUACGGAAGUGAUACAGGUCCCAACCUUACGGGGAUGUAACAAAUCAAGCCCUACGGAAGUGAUACAGGUCCCAACCUUACGGGGAUGUAACAAAUCAAGCCCUACGGAAGUGAUACAGGUCCCAACCUUACGGGGAUGUAACAAAUCAAGCCCUACGGAAGUGAUACAGGUCCCAACCUUACGGGGAUGUAACAAAUCAAGCCCUACGGAAGUGAUACAGGUCCCAACCUUACGGGGAUGUAACAAAUCAAGCCCUACGGAAGUGAUACAGGUCCCAACCUUACGGGGAUGUAACAAAUCAAGCCCUACGGAAGUGAUACAGGUCCCAACCUUACGGGGAUGUAACAAAUCAAGCCCUACGGAAGUGAUACAGGUCCCAACCUUACGGGGAUGUAACAAAUCAAGCCCUACGGAAGUGAUACAGGUCCCAACCUUACGGGGAUGUAACAAAUCAAGCCCUACGGAAGUGAUACAGGUCCCAACCUUACGGGGAUGUAACAAAUCAAGCCCUACGGAAGUGAUACAGGUCCCAACCUUACGGGGAUGUAACAAAUCAAGCCCUACGGAAGUGAUACAGGUCCCAACCUUACGGGGAUGUAACAAAUCAAGCCCUACGGAAGUGAUACAGGUCCCAACCUUACGGGGAUGUAACAAAUCAAGCCCUACGGAAGUGAUACAGGUCCCAACCUUACGGGGAUGUAACAAAUCAAGCCCUACGGAAGUGAUACAGGUCCCAACCUUACGGGGAUGUAACAAAUCAAGCCCUACGGAAGUGAUACAGGUCCCAACCUUACGGGGAUGUAACAAAUCAAGCCCUACGGAAGUGAUACAGGUCCCAACCUUACGGGGAUGUAACAAAUCAAGCCCUACGGAAGUGAUACAGGUCCCAACCUUACGGGGAUGUAACAAAUCAAGCCCUACGGAAGUGAUACAGGUCCCAACCUUACGGGGAUGUAACAAAUCAAGCCCUACGGAAGUGAUACAGGUCCCAACCUUACGGGGAUGUAACAAAUCAAGCCCUACGGAAGUGAUACAGGUCCCAACCUUACGGGGAUGUAACAAAUCAAGCCCUACGGAAGUGAUACAGGUCCCAACCUUACGGGGAUGUAACAAAUCAAGCCCUACGGAAGUGAUACAGGUCCCAACCUUACGGGGAUGUAACAAAUCAAGCCCUACGGAAGUGAUACAGGUCCCAACCUUACGGGGAUGUAACAAAUCAAGCCCUACGGAAGUGAUACAGGUCCCAACCUUACGGGGAUGUAACAAAUCAAGCCCUACGGAAGUGAUACAGGUCCCAACCUUACGGGGAUGUAACAAAUCAAGCCCUACGGAAGUGAUACAGGUCCCAACCUUACGGGGAUGUAACAAAUCAAGCCCUACGGAAGUGAUACAGGUCCCAACCUUACGGGGAUGUAACAAAUCAAGCCCUACGGAAGUGAUACAGGUCCCAACCUUACGGGGAUAUAACAAAUCAAGCCCUACGACGUGA